AUGUGCCCUCAUUUACACAAAUCACUGUUUGACGCUAUGCCCGAAAAGAAGCAAUUACUCUGGAAUACUCGUUCCCUGUUGGAUGCAGGAAACUACAUACUUUGUUUGCAUCCUUCAUGCAAUUAUUUUGGAAAUACCAAAGAAUACGACACUUAUCAUUGUCAUCUUCAUCAGCAAGGAACAAAACAUGCGAUUGUACUAAAGUUAUCACCGUUACACACUUUAGAGUUAUGGUGCAACUCUUGUGUAAAAGCCGUCGGUUUUGAUGGCUUUGCUAGCCAUGUAAAUCAAGGCUUAAAAACUGAACACUACUUUAUGAAGAAGCUUGUACAAGAGAUUGCAACAUUUGAUCCAGCAAAAGAUAGUGAUGUAUUGCAAGCUUGUAUCCAAAAGGGAAGACAAAGCAUUGAGUUAAGCUUAUACCAAGCUCAAUUCAGAUAUUCUAAUACGCACAUUGUCGAUAAAGAUUGGUAUGAUGCUUGGUUGUUGUUCAUUUCAGGAAAGUCGACUAUAUGCCCUGGCUCAUUGACAAAUGAGAAACUUUUUAUUUCGAGUGAAAAGCUGGAUCCGACGUUGACUUUGGGCAAGGAUUUUGAAUUGGUUGGGAGCUUAACUCGCUGGUACAUUGAAAGAGUAUAUGGCAUCAAGGAUAAAAUUAUAUCUGCCAACGACUUACCAAACGAUGCUGAUUAUUGUAGAAUGAUUCACAAAAUCAAAAUUAGACAGCAAAUCAACCAAGCGAAUAGAUACCCACCCGACAUUACUAUAGAAUAG